AUAGAGAGCGAGCAGCCGCCGCUGGAGCCGGACCCGGACUGCGGCUCGCCCCGUCGCAGCAGCCAUGGGCUCCCUGCAGCAGCGCUUCCAGACCUUCCUCGACCAGCCCAACCUGCUCACCGACCUGCUGGGCUGGCUGGAGGCCAAGACCGGCGUCAAGCGCUACUAUCUGGCCACAGGUACCAUCGCUUUCCUGGGGUUCUACCUCAUGUUCGGAUAUGGCGCCUCGCUGCUGUGCAACCUCAUUGGCUUUGUCUACCCAGCCUACAUCUCCAUCAAAGCCAUUGAAAGCACCGACAAGGACGAUGAUACCAUGUGGCUCACGUACUGGGUGGUCUAUGGAGUCUUCAGUGUAGCAGAGUUUUUUUCCGACACCUUCCUCUACUGGUUCCCGUUUUACUAUGCUGGAAAGUGCCUGUUCCUGGUCUGGUGCAUGGCGCCUGUCUCCUGGAAUGGCUCCCGGGUGUUGUACCAAAACGUCAUCCGGCCCUUCUUUCUGAAGCACCACCGGGUAAUAGACAGUGUGAUCAGUGACCUGAGUGGCACGGCGCUCGACGCUGCUUCGACAGUCACCAGAGAAGCAUCCAAAGCAGCAGUGAACCUUAGUCUAGAAUCUGACAAGACCAAGUGAGGACGGAGCUCCAAGGGGCCGGCUGUUCUGAGUUUCCCACUGCAACUCCCUAAACCAAAGGCUUGAAGUAACCCACGGGCACCCGUCAAUAAGACGGUGAUCCCCUUCCCCGUCUGAAACCACACUGGCCAGUAGCGACAGCAAGCAACUGGCUCCAAGGUGUCUAAGAAGUACAGCUUCCCGAUCUCCCCAAACCUAAAGAGCUCCCGCAGAUCUAAAAUUGCAGCCAGGCACGUGCUGGGAGUCAGCACCUAGGCACCGUGGGACCUUCUGAUCUCAAAUAGACACACAAUUUGGUAGUUCCUGUUUUACAGGCAGCCUUUAUUCUGCAGGAAGGCUGUUGGCUCUGCACUAGAUAUCACGGGGGCUGCUGGUGUUUUUGUGAUGUAGAGCACAGAUUGGAGUGGGGAGGGGGAGACAGUCCACUGUAGCUAGCCUGAGCCCUGCCCUUCUAGUAUUUUUGUGGCCUGAGCUUAAGUGUUGAAUCAUGAUGCAGUAUAACUCCCUCAGUGGGUGGGGGGAUUCUGCACCAGUUACCACCGGCUAUAAAGCCUUCAAGCCCCCAUCCUGUUCCCCCACCCCUGGGCCCCUCAGUCCUCCUAACACAGGAUCCUUUGCAAUAAACCACAGCACGAAAGGGAGAAGGAAGUGGGUUCUGUAGCCACUGGCUCUUCAGCUGUCCAUCCCACGGGUUCUUUUCCUGGCUCUGGCUCGUUCAGUUUUCACUUCAGCAGGCUGGGGUCCAGCGUCCCACAGCAGGCAGCUCUUCACUUCCCCUCGCACACCCCAGCCUUGUGCUGCUUCUCUCUGAAGUCAGGGGCCAAGCUCCCCACUUUCAGUAGCCAUGGCGCUUCUAGGUAAACAGCCAAGCCAGGCGAGGUGCCGGUUUGCAAACAAUGCUGGCUGAAACAGAAGGAUGUUCAUACGAGGCGUCAGGGGGCGGGAGUUCCAGACUAUUCACUCUUCUGCAAUCACUAGCAAUAGCAACAACGCAGAAGUUGCUGCUCCGCUUUGGGAUCAUAAAACUAACCACAGCGUUGCCCUGUACGGGGCAGCGGAGGUGGGGAAUUAACAUGCACAUGAAGCUGAUGCCUCCAGGGAGAUCCUGCAAUCCACAGAAAUGUUCAUAAAUCUUUAAUCCAUUUGAAGGAGGAAAGCAGCAGUAAGCAUGACUUUUGAAACGCUGACUCAUGGUUUUUUUACCCCCCUGCUUGCCCUUCCCUACGAGCAGUUACCUGGCUGACCAAACGUCCACACCAGUUCAGAGUCUUCUCUCCACUCCUGCCCCAGCUGCCCGCAGCCUCUGCCCGAAUCCCAGCACUGAGUGAACUCCAGGAAGGGGUCCCGAGGGAGUUUUUGGACUUGCACAGACAACAGGAAUGCAAUAGGGGACAGGUGGCCUUUGUGGGAAGGGGGACGUUGGCACCAACCUGUGAGCAGCGCACGCUCCAUAGCCUGCAGCCCUGGAGCUGUGCUUGCGUCCUAGCAGGCUGCUUUGGCAGUCGUGUGUUCUGGCAGUCUGGUUAAGUGUUGGCUCUGCAGUUCACUUCCAGAACUGGACACGGCAGGAUCUUCCAGUGGGGUGUGUGCUGUGAGCAGGAUGCUUUCAGGGCAUGUUUGCUUUCCAGGGGUUUGGCAUCGGGCGUUUGCUAGCUUUGACCUCCUUCACUAAACCAACCAGCUGUAACUUAACUUGGACCAAAUCUUAAUCCUGUUUGAGUGUGGAAAAACCUGGUCUUCGUCUGCCACUCUACGCUUCAGGCGCUGAACUCUAGCGUGUCGGCGUUCUGCUUCCAAUUCGCCAUCUCCCUCCUCUUUCAAAAAUAAAAUGUUAAUUUAUCUAAUUUACUUAAUCCGAUCCUGGCAGGGGGCAAUGUCAACAAGCUGUGAAUUCUGCAGGGAGCGACUGGCUUCCAUUUGUCCUCCAUGGUGACUCCAUCAAGUUACAGCAGUUCAUGUACUGGUUGCAUUUUUAUUUAAAAAAAAAUAAUAAUAAAUAGUUGCUCAUAACAUGAUUUUUCCCCCUCUCAUUUGUAUCCAUUUAUUUUGUAUGAAACAGAAUAAAUG